CUCUCGAGUAACGUGGGAAGCAAUGCAGACCUUUUGGGUUCGUUCGCCGAACCACCGGAGUAUCGACGAAAGGAAAUAAGCUCGAUUCCAGUGAUAUGGCAGCUUAUCAUACCGUGUUUUCACCCUCUUAUUCCCAACGUUUUUUCCCUCUUUGUUGCUUUUUGUCUUUGCGCGUUGUUCUUUUUUCAUCAUGGAGGCUACUGCACAGUAUGAUAUCGAGAAGGGAGCACCAGUCCAUACUGCCAUUGACAACUCCACAGACCGCGAUGGCAAAUCCACUAUCGAUGAUAAAAACGAUAGUGUUCGACUCCCUGACUCUGAAGGAGGCUUGAGCUCCUGGAGUGUCAAAUUGGAGAAACUCUGGGGAGUGGAAGCUCGCGGCAUCACUCGCGUAGCGGACGACGAGAGAAAUGUGCCUCGGCCUCUUCAUGACUAUUUCCACAUGUUCUCGCUAUGGUUCAGCAUUAAUUUGCAAGCUAUGAAUAUUAUUGUUGGGCUUCUCGGGCCGUUGGUUUACGGGCUCGGUUGGGUGGAUUGCGUCUGUAUUGUUAUUUUUGCCAAUGCGCUCGCCUCGGCUUCAAUUGCGUAUAUGGCGACGUACGGGCCUGAAAGUGGUAACAGGACUCAGGUAUGCUUUUUCACAUAUCGUUGUCUGGACGGGAACUAACCUUUUUCCUUUUGCAGAUUAUUGGACGAUAUUUCAUGGGUUAUUGGCCAUCGAAAAUUGCAUGCUGUUGUAACGUUGUUCAACAGGUUGGCUUUGGUACCAUUGGGUGUAUCAUUACUGGCCAGAUGAUCACAGCAGUUAAUGGAGGAAAAUUGAGUUUAGCUGUUGGAUGCGUCAUUGCCGCUCUUUGCAUUGGCUUAAUCGCUACCUUCGGUAUCGAAUAUGUGAACAAACUCGAGAGGUAAGCCGAGCCACGAGUGACAACUUUAAUAAUGUUCAAAAAGCUUAUAAGACAAACAGAUUCGGGUAUAUUCCACAAGCGAUUGUCAUUUUCGUACUCAUUGGCUCGGCUGGCAAGAACUUCGAUACCAGCGCAGUCUCGAUCGGUGAUUCCGGAACCAUCAACGCUAACCGCGCUUCGUUUUUUGCCUUGAUCUUUGCCAGUAUCAUUGGAUUCACUGCCAUCAGUGCCGACUUCUAUGUUUACUAUCCCAAAGAUUACCCUAAAUGGAUAACAUUUGCGUCCACGUGGUCGGGUGUCUGGGUCUCUGUAAUCUUCGCCAACAUUGUUGGUGUUGGUAUUGCUACUGGUGUUCCAAAUAUCCCAGCAUGGAAUGAUGCCUAUAAUGUCUCAUCUGGUGCUCUUAUUUACGAAUGUUUUAACGGUCUCGGGGGGUUCGGUGGCUUUUGUGUCGUCAUUCUUGCCCUUGGCUCCAUCACCAACAAUGCACCAUGUAGCUACAGUGCGGCGUUGACCAUACAGGUUCUUGGACGCUGGGCAAACAGAGUCCCUCGUUGGUUCUGGUGUGUUCUCAUCACCGCAGUUGAGGUAAGCCUAAUCAGCCCAUUCCACUUCAUCUUUCCAUGAUACUAAUCCAAGCACCAUAGCUCGUCCUCUCUGUUUGCGGGCGCAACAAGCUCUAUACCGUCUUCGAAAAUUUCCUUCCAAUGAUGGCAUAUUGGAUUUGCCCUUGGAUUACCAUCAGUCUCGAGGAAUAUUUCAUCUUCCACAAACUAGCGGGAAAAUCGUUCGACUGGUCUAUUUAUGACGACAGAAGCAAGCUACCUAUUGGACUCGCGGCCCUAUUAUCAUUCCUUAUUGGAUUUGCUGGGGCCAUCGUAGGCAUGUAUCAGAUUUGGUACACGGGCCCUAUUGCUUUAAUGAUUGGUGGCGAAUAUGGUGGUGAUAUUGGGGAUUGGCUCGCCGUUGGCUUCACGGCUAUUGUGUUCCCGCCGUUAAGAUAUCUAGAGCUGAAGAAGUUUGGACGGUAGAGAAUUCUUUUGUAUUUAUUCAUGACUUAAUACCCACACUUUUGUACAUAUUCGCGGUGUUCAUAACAGUAAUGAUUAUAUACUUGUACAUGAGAUGUUGGAUGCGAAAACUUUUAACGAGUAGUUAGUAGAUCC